AUGACACGUCCUAAUGUUUACAUUGUGGCAGCUGCCAGAACUCCAAUUGGUUCAUUUCAAGGUAAUUUAGCAUCUUUGAAAGCCACUGAUUUGGGUGCUGCUGCUAUCAAGGCUUGUUUAGAGCAAGUUCCACAAAUCAAUGGAACUACCGAUGUUCAAGAAAUAUUCUUUGGCAAUGUUUUAACCGCCAAUGCAGGCCAAGCCCCGGCAAGACAAGUUGCUUUGAAGGCUGGUUUAGGUAAGCAUAUUGUUGCCUCUACUAUAAAUAAAGUCUGUGCUUCUGGUUUGAAAGCCAUUAUUAGUGGUGCUCAAUCCAUUAUGACAGGCUGCAAUGACAUCGUUGUUGCUGGUGGUAUGGAAAGUAUGACAAAUACACCAUAUUAUGUUCCAUCUGCACGUGGAGGUGCUAGAUUUGGUGAAGCUAUUAUGGUUGAUGGUGUUCAAAAAGACGGGUUGAACGAUGCCUAUGAUGGUUUGGCUAUGGGUGUUCAUGCGGAAAAAUGUGCUAGCGAUUUUCAUAUUACCCGUGAGGAGCAAGACGAAUUUGCCAUCAAUUCUUAUCAGAAAGCGGCUAAAGCUCAAGCUACAGGUAAGUUCAAGAGGGAGAUUGUUCCUGUUACUGUGAAGGGGAAGAGAGGUAAACCAGAUGUGGUGGUUGAUAAGGAUGAGGAACCAGGUAGAUUGAAUGUGGAAAGAUUAAAAUCUGCUAGAACUGUUUUCAAAGCAGAAAAUGGUACUGUUACUGCACCAAAUGCCUCACCAAUCAAUGAUGGUGGUGCUGCUGUUAUUUUAGUUUCUGAAAAAAAAUUAAAAGAAUUAGGUCUAAAGCCAUUGGCUCUUAUCAAAGGUUGGGGUGAAGCUGCUCAUGAACCAUGUGAUUUUACUUGGGCACCAUCUCUAGCCGUUCCAAAAGCAUUGAAGCAUUCCAACAUUAAAGAUAUCAAUGAUAUUGACUAUUUUGAAUUUAAUGAAGCUUUCUCUGUUGUUGGUAUUGCCAACCCAAAGAAGUUAGGUAUUCCACAAGAGAAGGUUAACGUUUAUGGAGGUGCUGUUGGUCUUGGCCAUCCAUUGGGAUGCUCUGGUGCUAGAAUUGUUGUCACAUUAAUUUCUGUUCUACAACAAGAAAACGGUAAAUAUGGUGUUGCUGCUAUUUGUAAUGGUGGUGGCGGUGCAUCUUCUAUUGUAUUGGAAAGAGUUUAG